CUAUUUACAUCACUGUAAUGAUUACUAGUUACUGAGAAUCGUGUAUUUACUUUCACUGAAAAAAAUGAAAAUCUGCAUAACUGUUGUGAUGCUCAUCAUUGGGGUGACGAGCGGCGAUACCGAUGUUGUUAUACAAACUAAGCAAGGUAAACUGACAGGAGUGAAAACCGAAAGUAACCUCAAGUUCCUCGGAAUCCCGUACGCAGAGCCACCUACCGGCAAGUUAAGAUGGGUGGAUCCAGUGGUACGGUCACCAUGGACACCAGCCGUAUACGACGCAACCAAGUUGAAGCCCGGAUGUCCACAGAAAGGAUGUUUCGACAUGAACCCAGCGUUCGUUUGUCCAACAGAGGUAUCAGAGGACUGUCUGUACCUAAACGUGUUUGCCCCAGUCACUGCCAAUAGUUCAUCUCCGAACAUCCCUGUUCUAGUCUACAUCCACGGCGGCAAUUUUGUCCAUAUGAGUUCCAACGCUGUGCUGUUUGACGGUUCCGUACUGUCUGCGAAUGGAGAGAUCAUUGUAGUCACCUUAGACUACAGACUAGGUGCUCUAGGAUUCCUAGUAACUGCUCCAUCAAACACAGCACCAGGAGCCAAGGGUAACUAUGGCAUAUUGGACCAGCGUAUGGCACUCAAGUGGGUCAAGGACAACAUCCGGGACUUCGGUGGAGAUCCUGACAAGGUAACCUUAAGUGGACAGAGCGCAGGCGCACAGUCAGCGGUGAUACACAUGAUGACCCCACAGAGUUCCCAAUACUUCCGUAAUGUGAUCAUAGAGAGCUCUCCGUUUAGCAUCCCCUACAAGACCCGGAUCGAGGCUUUGUACCUUGGCGACCUACUGGCUGACGGUCUUGGUUGUCCCCGGGGUGAUAUAAGCUGUAUGGCAUCAAAAUCGGCAGAUGACAUAGCAACAGUACAACAUACAAUUCGCACAGACCCAACAUCAAUCAAACUUCUGGACUUCUUUGAGCCUCUCGGACCAUUCGUAGACGGAGAUGUCGUCCCUUAUCAACCACUAGAGGCGAUGAAUCGCGGCAUCUUGAAAGACAUACCAAUAUUGAUAGGGACAACUUCCGAGGAGACCCGAAUAUAUAUAUACGAAGCUUGGAAGAAAAACAUGACGGUACCUUUAUACUCUGCGGCACUUCUCGGAACUUUCGGUCCAAGUAAUAUCGCGGGAGUGCUGAAGAUGUAUCCUCCUGUCCACGUAAAGGAUGAGAGAGACGACUUACAACAUGCUAGUACAGAUUUCAUAUUUAGCUGCUCCAAGCGAAAUUUCUCAAGAAUAGCUAUUGAACAAAACAAAAAUGAUGUCUUUAAUUACGUUUUCGACCACGCGUUCUCGUUUGAUGGUUGGGGUCCAAAUUUCACGUGUUGCAAGAAUCAUGUGUGUCACGGAUCUGAGAUCCCGUAUAUGUUUCAGCCUGCUUUGAAAAACAUGACAUUGAAUGCUGAUGAAAAAAUAAUGGCAGAUGCAUUAGGUAAAUACUGGUCUAAUUUUGUGAAAUCUGGAAAUCCGAACAAAGGUGGAGCAUCCCCUCCCGCCAUCCAGUGGCCAAAUUACAAUAAUGCCACUAAUUUCUCCGCCCUACAGUUCUCCACGCCCCGUAACUACAUUGUAGUUAAUGUGAAACAGGAACUGUGUGAUUUCUGGGAUACCGUGGGGUACAGUGCUUAACGAGUACAUCCAUUUUACAUAAAUACUCAAUUUGUAAUAAAAUCUUUGUUUUAUUUA